CUGGAUAUUUCAGAUAAAGUGGUUGAGGUCUGGGAAAAGCUGAAGACGGACUGACUGACUCAAGGUUUAUCAAUGGUAAAGGAGUUCAGAUGGUAAAGUUUUUCAAAGUUGCAAACAUGAAAAACCUAAAUCAGUGCGCUGAGGGGACUGAAGAAAGAAGAGCAAAAUAAUAGCUUGAUCCUGGCAAGUCAAUGAGAACAACCCUACCCCACUGAAGAUGAGGCUUUUUCUUUAUUACCUGAUAGUGAUGGGGUCCAGUUAUGUGAUUUCAACAUAUGGACCCCACCAGAGAGCGCAAAUGACUGGAGACAUUUUACUUGGAGGACUUUUCCCCAUACACUUUGGUGUCGCAUCCAAAGACCAAGACCUGGCAGCUCGACCACAAUCUACACAAUGUGUUAGGUUCAAUUUCAGAGGUUUCCGUUGGAUGCAGGCAAUGAUAUUUGCCAUUGAAGAGAUUAACAACAGCAGUGAUUUAUUGCCAAACAUCACCCUGGGCUACAGGAUCUUUGAUACAUGCAACACUGUGUCCAAAGCCUUGGAGGCAACCCUCAGUUUUGUGGCUCAAAACAAGAUUGAUUCCCUAAAUUUAGAUGAGUUUUGCAACUGCACUGAUCAUAUCCCAUCAACCAUUGCAGUUGUUGGGGCUGCUGGAUCUGCGGUCUCCACAGCAGUUGCAAACCUCCUAGGACUCUUUUAUAUCCCACAGAUCAGCUAUGCCUCUUCCAGUCGACUCCUGAGCAACAAGAACCAGUAUAAAUCUUUCAUGAGAACCAUUCCAACAGAUGAAUACCAGGCCACAGCCAUGGCAGACAUCAUAGAGCACUUCCAGUGGAACUGGGUGAUUGCUGUUGCUUCGGAUGAUGACUACGGGCGGCCAGGAAUUGAAAAGUUUGAAAAGGAAAUAGAAGAGAGGGACAUUUGCAUUCACCUGAAUGAACUUAUUUCACAGUACUUUGAAUAUCACGAGAUCCGAGCUCUGGCGGACAGGAUUGAAAACUCCACAGCUAAAGUAAUUGUUGUUUUUGCUGGCGGCCCAGACAUUGAGCCUUUAAUCAAAGAGAUGGUCAGGAGAAACAUCACAGAUCGCACCUGGCUAGCCAGUGAAGCAUGGGCAAGCUCCUCUCUUAUUGCUAAACCCGAAUAUCUAGAUGUUGUAGGAGGAACAAUUGGUUUUGCUUUAAGAGCUGGACAUAUACCUGGCUUUAGAGAGUUCUUACAGCGGGUCCAGCCUAAGAAAGACAGUCAUAAUGAAUUUGUCCGAGAAUUUUGGGAGGAAACCUUUAACUGUUACCUGGAAGACAGUCCAAGAGUUCAGGAAAGUGAGAAUGGCAGCACUAGUUUCAGGCCUUUGUGCACUGGUGAGGAAGAUAUCACAAGUGUUGAGACCCCAUAUUUGGACUACACACACCUUCGCAUUUCCUAUAAUGCAUAUGUAGCAGUUUAUUCCAUUGCGCAUGCCUUACAGGACAUAUUUACUUGCACACCUGGACAUGGACUUUUUGCCAACAAUUCAUGUGCAGACAUAAAGAAAAUUGAAGCAUGGCAGGUAUUGAAGCAGCUCAGACAUCUGAACUACACAAACAGCAUGGGUGAAAAAAUCCACUUUGAUGAAAAUGCAGACCUGGUAGCAAACUAUACCAUUAUAAACUGGCAGAGAUCUGCUGAAGAUGGCUCAGUAAUGUUCGAGGAAGUUGGAUACUACAAUAUCCAUGCGAAGAAAGGAGCCAAACUGUCAAUUGACAAAACAAGGAUUCUUUGGAAUGGAUACAGCUUAGAGGUGCCAUUCUCAAACUGCAGUGAGGACUGUGAGCCUGGCACAAGAAAGGGAAUCAUUGACAGCAUGCCUACAUGCUGCUUUGAAUGCACUGAGUGUUCAGACGGAGAGUUCAGUAAUCACAGAGAUGCCAGUGUCUGCACCAAAUGCCCAAACAAUUCCUGGUCCAAUGGGAACCAUACUUUCUGUUUCCUGAAAGAAAUAGAGUAUCUCUCUUGGACAGAACCUUUUGGGAUAGCUUUAGCUAUAUGUGCUGUGGUUGGCAUCAUCCUGACAGCCUUUGUGAUGGGAGUCUUUAUCAGAUUUCGCAAUACCCCAAUAGUAAAGGCCACCAACCGUGAACUAUCCUACGUUCUCCUGUUUUCACUUAUCUGCUGCUUCUCCAGCUCUUUAGUUUUCAUCGGUGAACCACAGGAUUGGACAUGUCGCUUACGGCAACCAGCCUUCGGGAUUAGCUUUGUUCUCUGCAUCUCCUGCAUUCUUGUGAAAACUAACCGAGUGCUUUUGGUAUUUGAGGCAAAAAUCCCCACAAGUCUCCAUCGUAAAUGGUGGGGACUGAAUCUACAGUUUCUUUUGGUGUUUUUGUGCACAUUUGUCCAAGUGAUGAUUUGCGUUGUCUGGCUUUACAAUGCCCCCCCUUCGAGCUACAGGAACCAUGACAUUGAUGAAAUUAUUUUCAUCACAUGCAAUGAAGGUUCAGUGAUGGCUCUAGGGUUUCUCAUUGGCUACACAUGUCUCUUGGCAGCCAUUUGUUUCUUUUUUGCAUUUAAAUCCAGGAAACUUCCAGAAAACUUUACAGAAGCCAAGUUCAUUACCUUUAGCAUGCUCAUAUUCUUCAUCGUUUGGAUCUCUUUUAUCCCUGCCUACUUUAGUACCUACGGCAAAUUUGUGUCUGCCGUGGAGGUUAUUGCUAUUCUAGCAUCCAGCUUUGGGCUGCUGGCUUGCAUUUUCUUUAACAAGGUGUACAUCAUUCUCUUCAAACCAUCCAGGAACACUAUAGAGGAGGUACGAUGCAGCACUGCGGCACAUGCCUUUAAGGUGGCUGCCAAAGCCACGCUAAAACAAAGCACGGCUUCAAGGAAGAAGUCGGGCAGCAUUGGUGGAUCAUCUGCCUCAACUCCAUCCUCAUCCAUCAGUCUGAAGACCAACGGAAAUGACUGUGACACAACUUCAGGGAAACAUAGACCGAGGGUGAGCUUUGGCAGUGGAACAGUUACUCUGUCCUUGAGUUUUGAAGAGUCAAGAAGGAGUUCUCUUAUGUAAAGGAGAUGGGCAUGCAUUACCUGACCCCAUGACAAUUUCCACAAUCAGACAAUCAGUUAUCAACACAAAUGCUAACACUGAUUCUUUCUGUAAGUUAUAGGUUCCAAGAUGACUGUUUGUUUCUUAAGUGUACACUACAGUAGGCCCAAGAGUCAGUCCCUACGUCUGCUGAUAUGAUCAGAAUAAUGCAUAAAUAUGGCAGAAGUCAGUUCUUAACUAAUCCAUAAAGUCUAAAUAUUGACUGGUGUAAAACCCGGAGCUGUAAAAGUGAGUUAGACACUGAACAAAAAGAUCUCAGUGAUGACUGAUUAAAGAUACCACCUCUAAGAUUCUUGUAGAACCACUUACAAAUCAUUAUCAGGGUAAUGCACAAUUUACAGAUCGUCAAACAAAAAAAUUAGCUUUGGGAUUUUAUAAAAAUACAAAAAAACUUUUAUCUAAAUUUCUUUACUUUUUGACAAAUAAAAUAAAAUGUACUUAAUGCAGAUAAACCUAAAGUUUCCGUUAAAUUCAACCUUUAUGACUGUUAGUCUCCAGCUUAAGUCUGCUAUACUAUGUCUUUUAAGAAAUUGUUGAAUAUUUUGUAU